CACAGACACUCCAACGCCCUCCACCUCCUCCUCCUACCACCCGCAGACGUCCCCCGACCUCAAGAGCACAACAAGAGCACUCUACAAAUGCCGCGCAUCCUCUUCGUCAGUGGCUUCCACCCCUCCACGCGCGCCCGCGACCUCGCAUACGAAUUCGAGCGAUUCGGCCCCCUGGUGCGCUGCGACGUCCCCGCCCCACGCAACCCGCAUGCGUCCUCUAACCCCUAUGCGUUUGUUGAAUUCAGAAGCACGCGCGACGCCGAAGACGCUUACUAUGACAUGCAUGGACGAUACUUUGAAGGCUCCCGACUGAGCAUCCAGUGGGCCAAGAACCCUCCCUCCUCUGUCUGGCGAUACGACCGGCGCUCCCCUCCGCACCGCUCCUCCCGGCGGGACGAUCGCGACCGGUCCCGCUCUCCCCGCCGGCACUCGGACCGCGACCGCGACCGCAAGCGGAGCCGAAGCCCGCGGCGGCGCAGUGCGAGCCCUGCUGAACGCGGUAGUGGCAAGGAGGAGCGGCGGAGGAGCCCUGCGCCCGCUGCGAAUGGCGACGACAGCAACGGCAACGGCAAUGGCAACAGCGACGAAAACGGCAACGGCAACGGCAAUGGCGCUGCGAGCGACAGUGAGAAGCCCAAGGCUGCUGCUGCUGCUGCUUCUGAUGAGCGCGAGAAGAGCCCGGUCCCGGCGGCCGCUGUUGUGGAGAACUAGGCGGGCUGCAUUUUUCGUCUAUAUCGAGACAAAACAAGACAAGGCAGACAGACGAGGUGUUGAGCGUAAGCCAGGCUUGUUCGAGCAAACCACUUGACGUGGCGAACGGCCUUUUUUCUCUUUUCUUCUCUUUUUCCCUUUUCCUUUUCCCUUCUCUUCAUUUUUUGUUCAUUCACGCUUCACCGUCCUGCUUUUUUCAUGAUCACGGCACCAUGACCGCUCUUCGACACGCAACAAGUAUACGUAAAUACAUGCUAAUGAGUCUUAUUCUCCCUUCGCC